GGCGGGAGAAGAGAUUUAAUUUAGUUGAUUUUCUGUGGUUGUUGGUUGUUCGCUAGUCUCACGGUGAUGGAAGCUGCACAUUUUUUCGAAGGGACUGAGAAGCUGCUGGAGGUUUGGUUCUCCCGUCAGCAACCUGACGCCAACCAGGGAUCUGGGGAUCUUCGCACUAUCCUGAGGUACUUGUGUACUCUGGAUUUCCCAGAGAGUCGAGUAAUCAGCCAACCAGAUCAGACCCUGGAAAUUCUGAUGAGUGAGCUUGACACAGGAGUUAUGGACCAGUUCUUCAUGAAAGAUGGUAUUACUGCAAAGGAUGUCACUCGUGAGGGUGGAAUUCAUGACCUGAUACCAGGUUCUGUCAUUGACGCCACACUGUUCAAUCCUUGUGGGUAUUCAAUGAACGUAAUGAAAUCGGAUGGAACUUAUUGGACUAUUCACAUCACUCCAGAACCAGAGUUUUCUUAUGUUAGCUUUGACGCAAACUUAAGUCAGACCUCCUAUGAUGACCUGAUCAGGAAAGUUGUGGAAGUCUUCAAGCCAGGAGAAUUUGUGACCACCUUGUUUGUCAGUCAGAGUUCUAAAUGUCACACAGUGCUUUCUUCACCCCAGAAAAUUGAAGGUUUUAAACGUCUUGAUUGUCAGAGGGCUAUGUUCAAUGAUUACAACUUUGUGUUUACCAGUUUUGCUAAGAAGCAGCAACAGCAACAGAGUUGA